AUGCAAUGGCUGAAUAGAGAGAACGCCGAGCGGAGAGUGAAUGCACCGGUUUGUUUGGUGGCCACAGUCUCCGUGGGUGGAAUGGCACGCGGCCGCUGCGCCCGCGCACCGCGUCGUCGCAAGGUCGACGAACGACUUUCGCACGCUCGCCCCGAGGCACUAACCCUUCGGAGACCCGGUUUCCUCACGCCGCGACACCGCACCGCCAAUACCGCACCAAUUGCGAUGCGA